AGCGGCAGCCCGGGCGGCAGGUGAGCAGCUGUUCCAUCCUUUGCCUGUGUGUCCGCAGGCUUCGAGUGCUCAGACCUGAGGGCAGGGGAGGGGGUUGGGUUUCACAAGAACGCAGGGGCGGGGGUCGGCUGCCCCGGGGCUCUCCGAACCGCUGCUUAACGCUGGCCCAGCCCAGAUCUCUGGAGUCAGACUCACAGGGUUCCCCGAGGGACCCAGCUCGGCCUUGAUGGAGCUCCUCCCGCCGCUGCCUCAGUCCUUCCUGUUGCUGCUGCUGCUGUCGCCGACGCCUGCUGUGCCCACAGCGGGCUGGGACUGGCAGUGCCCGCGAACCCCCUACGCGGCCUCCCAAGACUUUGACGUGAAGUACGUGGUGCCCAGCUUCUCUGCCGGCGGCCCAGUACAGGCCUUGGCGACCUAUGAAGGCGGCAGAGAUGGGAGUGCCGUGUUUGUGGCCACACGCAAUCGGCUGCAUGUGCUUGGGCCUGACCUGCAGUCUGUGGAGACCCUGGCCACAGGCCCUGCUGGAGACCCUGGCUGCGAGACGUGUGCGGCCUGUGGUGCAGACUCCCACGGCCCACCUGGCGACACAGACAUGCAAGUUCUGGUGCUGGAGCCAGCACUGCCCGCGCUGGUCAGCUGUGGCUCUAGCCUGCAGGGCCGCUGCUUCCUGCAUGAGCUGGAGCCCGACGGGACAGCCCUGCACCUGGCAGCGCCAUCCUGCCUCUUUUCAGCCCACCACAACCGGCCCGAGGACUGCCCUGACUGUGUGGCCAGCCCACUGGGCACCCGCGUGACCGUGGUUGAGCAAGGCCAGGCCUCCUACUUCUACGUGGCAUCCUCAUUGGACGCAGCCGUGGCUGCCAGCUUUAGCCCGCGCUCGGUGUCCAUCAGGCGCCUCAAGGCCGAUGCCUCAGGAUUCGCACCUGGCUUUGCUGCGCUGUCAGUGCUGCCCAAGUACCUCGCCUCCUACCAUAUCGAAUACGUGCACAGCUUCCAUUCGGGAGCCUUCGUCUACUUCCUGACCGUGCAGCCAACCAGUGUGACAGACGCUCCUGGUGCUCUGCACACACGCCUCGCGCGGCUCAGCGCCACCGAGACAGACCUGGGCGACUACCGGGAGCUGGUCCUCGACUGCCGCUUUGCUCCUAAACGCAGGCGCCGUGGGGCCCCAGAGGGCGGACAGCCCUACCCAGUGCUGCAGGCAGCCCACUCAGCUCCAGUGGGCGCCCAGCUCGCCGCUGAGCUGAGCAUCGCUGAAGGCCAGGAAGUGCUAUUUGGGGUCUUCGUGGCUAGCAGGGAUGGCAGCCCUGGCGUGGACCCCCACUCUGUCGUCUGUAACUUCCCCAUUGACCUGCUGGACACCCUAAUCGAUAAGGGUGUGGAGAGCUGCUGUGAGUCCCCAGUGCACCCGGGCCUCCGGCGAGGCCUUGACUUCUUCCAGUCGCCCAGUUUUUGCCCGAACCCGCCUGUCCUGGAGGCCCCCAGCCCCAAUGCCAGCUGCCGCCACUUCCCUCUGCUGGUCAGUAGAAGCCUCAUGCGUGUGGACCUAUUCAAUGGGCUGUUGGGACCGGUGCAGGUCACUGCAUUGCACGUGACACGCCUUGACAAUGUCACAGUGGCCCACAUGGGUACAACUGAUGGGCGUAUCCUGCAGGUGGAGCUGGCCAGGUCACUCAACUACUUGCUGUAUGUGUCCAACUUUUCACUGGACAGCAAUAGGCAGCCUGUGCAGCGGGAUGUCAGUCGCCUUGGGGACCACCUACUCUUUGCCUCUGGGGACCAGGUCUUCCAGGUACCUAUGCGGGGUCCUGGCUGCCGCCACUUCCUCACCUGCAAACGCUGCCUGCGGGCACAGCACUUCAUGGGCUGUGGCUGGUGUGGAAGCAUGUGUGGCCGGCAGAAGGAUUGUCCCGGCUCCUGGCAACGAGACUACUGCCCGCCUGAGCUUUCUGAGUUCUAUCCCCACAGCGGACCCCUAAGGGGCAGCACAAGGCUGACCUUGUGUGGCUCCAACUUCUACCUGCACCCUGCUGGUCUGGUACCUGAAGGAACCCAUCACAUCACUGUGGGCCAAAGUCCCUGUUGGCUGCUGCCCAAGGACAUCACAAAACUUAGCCCAGUGCCCCGGCAGGACUUUGUAGAGGAGCUGGAGUGUAAGCUGGAGCCCUUGAGCACCCAGGCAGCAGGGUGCUCCAACGUCAGCCUCACCGUGACUAACAUGCCACCAGGCAAGCACUUCCGUGUAGACGGCACCUCCAUGCUGGGAGGCUUCUCUUUUGUGGAGCCUGUGCUGACAGCAGUGCAACCCCUCUUUGGCCCACGGGCAGGGGGUACCUGUCUCACCCUUGAAGGCCGGGGCCUGUCUGUAGGCACCAGCCGGGCUGUGCUGGUCAAUGGGACUGAGUGCCAGCUAGAACGGGUCACUGAGGAACAACUUUUAUGUACCACCCCCCCUGGGGCUGCCACAGCCAGUGUCCCCCUUAGCCUGCAGGUGGGGGAUGCCAAGGUGCCUGGUUCCUGGACCUUCCACUACAAGGAAAACCCCAUUGUGUUGAGCAUCAGCCCCAACUGUGGCUACACUGGCUCCCAUGUUACCAUCCGUGGCCAGCAUCUGACUUCAGCAUGGCACCUAGUGCUGUCAUUCCAUGAUGGGCUUAAGGCAGUGGAGAACAGGUGUGAGGGGCAGCUUCCGGAGCAGCAGCAGUGCCGCCUGCCUGAAUAUGUGGUCCGAGCCCCCCAGGGGUGGGUGACAGGGAAUCUGAGUGCUUGGGGGGAUGGAGCUGCUGGCUUUACACUGCCUGGCUUUCGCUUCCUAUCCCAACCCCACCCACCCAGUGCCAACCUAGCCCCCCUGAAACCUGAGGAGCAUGCCAUUAAGUUUGAGUAUAUUGGACUGGGCGCUGUGGCUGACUGUGUGGAUGUGAACGUGACUGUGGGUGGUGAGAGCUGCCAGCACAAGCUCCUAGGGGAUGUGGUUGUCUGCCCCCUGCCUCCAUCCCUGCAACUUGGCAGGGGUGGCGUCCCAUUGCAGGUCUGCGUGGAUGGUGAAUGUCACUUCCUGGGUAGAGUGGUGCGACUGGGCCCAGAGGGGGUCCCACAGAGCAUGCUCCUUGGUGUCCUUCUGGCCUUGCUCCUGCUUGUGGCUGCACUGGUCACUGUGCUGGUCUUCAACUACUGGCGGCGGAAGAAGCAACUAGUUCUUUCUCCCAGCCUGGAUGACCUGGCAUCCCGGGACCAGACCACUGGAGCCAUGCACCUGCCUGUGCUCCGCUCGGGCUCUGACUACAGAAGUGGACUUGCACUCCCUGCUGUUGAUGGUCUGGAUUCCACCACUCGGGUCCACAGAGCAUCCUUCUCAGACAGCGAGGAUGGAUCCUGUGUCCCACUGCUACAGACAAAGUCCAUCUGGCUCAGGGACCUGGACUCUGCGCUCUUGGCCGAAGUCAAGGAUGUGCUGAUUCCGCAUGAGCAGGUGGUCACCCAUAGUGACCGAAUCAUUGGCAAAGGCCACUUUGGAGUUGUCUACCAUGGAGAAUACACAGACCAGGUCCAGAAUCGAAUCCAUUGUGCCAUCAAGUCACUGAGUCGCAUCACAGAGGUGCAGGAGGUGGAGGCCUUCCUUCGAGAGGGGCUGCUAAUGCGUGGUCUGCACCAUCCGAACGUGAUGGCUCUCAUUGGUAUCACAUUGCCACCCGAGGGGCUACCCCAUGUGCUGCUGCCCUAUAUGUGCCAUGGAGACCUGCUCCAUUUCAUCCGCUCACCUCAGCGGAACCCCACCGUGAAGGACCUCAUCAGCUUUGGCCUGCAGGUAGCCUGUGGCAUGGAGUACCUAGCAGAGCAGAAGUUUGUGCACAGGGAUCUGGCUGCGCGGAACUGCAUGCUGGAUGAGUCAUUCACAGUCAAAGUGGCUGACUUUGGUCUGGCCCGGGACAUCCUGGACAAAGAGUACUAUAGUGUUCAACAGCACCACCACGCUCGCCUACCUGUCAAGUGGAUGGCACUGGAAAGCCUGCAGACCUAUAGAUUUACCACCAAGUCUGAUGUGUGGUCGUUUGGUGUGCUGCUGUGGGAACUGCUGACACGGGGCGCCCCACCAUACCCCCACAUCGACCCUUUUGACCUCACUGACUUCCUCAUCCAAGGUCGGCGCCUGCCCCAGCCUGAGUAUUGCCCCAAUUCUCUGUACCAAGUGAUGCAGCGAUGCUGGGAGGUGGACCCAGCAGCGAGACCUACGUUUGGAGUGCUAGUGGGGGACGUGGAGCGGAUAGUGUCUGCACUACUUGGGGAUCAUUAUGUGAAGCUGCCAGCAACCUAUGUGAACCUGGGCCCUGGCACCUCAGAUGAGGUGAACAUGUUCCCAGAACAGACACCGUCCCCACCCGUGCACAGGAGCACGUGGCGGUCCCGGCCCCUCUCAGAGCCACCUCGGCCUACUUGACCUAAUCCUUGGGCUGGAUCUGCAUAGCAGCCUGGAGCUAACCCCAAGUUGCCUCUAAGCCACACCAGGCUGGAGGGCAGUGGGCCUCCACCUUGUCCCUGCCCUUUAACCUUCAGAGGCGAUAGGUGAGCAGGGCAUAUUAGAUCCUUCACUCCACAGAGUGAGCCAGUUAGGGCAGUCCUUCUGCAACAUGUAUUUAUGGAGUGCUUGCUAUGUACCUUGCCUUCUGGGCAUAGGGGACUCAGCAGUGACCACACAGACACUGACCCUCGAACCAGUAAAGAAAAAAAUGAAUGUUUAAGUACAAA